GUGGACUUCUGACCGGCUUGACAGUGCAAUUAAUUUUUGAUGCGAUAAUUACCGACCUUUCGACCGACCGCUAAAACCAGUCCAACAACCUUUACACAUUCUCUUGGGCCUGGCCGCUCUCAGGCUUCGCUCUGGUCCAGUGUUGCUUCUUUUAAUCGCGUGAGGUCUUUGUAAUCACCUGGAGUUUUCCGUUAUUAAAUAGCGGCUUUUGAAAGAUCGUCGAUUGUGUUGCAAUUUGAAUUUUACCGUGCAACUUGCAAGAAUGGAGGAAAUUCAAAAACUGAGAUGUGAACAUGUGAAAACCAAAUCAUCGGAGAUCAAAAAUUUAAUGGAAUCGCAGAUGCAAUUCACCAAUGAGAUUCGAAAAAUUCAAGAACAAAAACUUCAUGAGGAUGAGAAUACAAUGAAGCAGUUAAUGAUAUCAUGUCUCCUUCGAAAAAAUGCACUCGAAGAAGCAACUAAAUCUCUCGAGAAGAAAAAUGAAGAAUACUUGGAGUUUAAAAAUUAUCUUGACAUGGCAAUGGAUAUACAUACGUCAGCAGUAAACGAGAAGAAACAAAUGCAGGAAAAACUAAACAAUUUGAAAUCUAAUAAACCAAACUUACAAGAUCAAAAAUUGCUAGACCAAGGAAGAAGUAAAUUUAAUUAUUAUAAAACCUUAACACGGAUUCAUUGGGAUUUUGAAGCUAUGAUAGAGCAGCGUAGCAUCGUAGGUUAUAUUACAAACGGAGACAACUAUAUCAAGCAUUUUAACUUUAAAACUCAAAAGGCUAAUACCAACAUAAUCAACAAACUCUGGCAGGAAAUAUUGUUAUCCACCAAAUAUGAUGAGGACAAUGAAAGUGUUAAUGAUGAAAAUCGCGAACCAAACACAUUGCCAAAAUAAUAUAAUAAAUAAUAUAAAUACCUCUGAGUAAGUAAGUGAAUGAGUCAGAGAGAAAGAGAAAGUGAGUGAGCGAACAAUACAUGUAAAUACACACACGCACACAUAUAUAAUAUACAUAUAGAAAAUUAGAUAAGUUUUAGUCAUUUCUCUCUUGAUUUAAAAUUUAAAUUAUAAGUAAAUUGUAAAUGUAAAUUGUACAUUUUAACGUAGCUUUGCAUUAUUCUUAAUCGAUUGUAAAAUACAAGCUAUUUAAUUGUGUUUUUUAUACAGCAAAAACAAUAUCCGUGAAGUAAAUGAGAUCGCUACUGCAAAGCUAUAUUGAAAUGUGGUAUAAGUGUAAAACGAAAAGUUGUUAAAUAAACUACUUAUUCAAACUGA